CGGCCGCAGAGUGCGGAGCUCUCCGCCCAUGGCGGCCGCGGCCCAGGCCCAACCGGAGCCGGGGCCUAGUGCGGCCUACACCGGAACCGGAGCCUCCGGAGCCGGAACCGGAGCCAGUGGAGCCGGAACCGGAGCCGAAGCCGGAGCCGGAGCCUCCGGCUCCGUCUCCGGCUUCGGCUCCGUCUCCGUCUCCGGUACCGACCGAGCCCUGGAGGAGGCCGCGGCCUCCGGGACCCUCGUCCUGUCCGGUCGCCGGCUCCGCUCCUUCCCUUCGGACGUGGCUCAGCGCUGGGACCUCAGCGACACGACGGAGGCCGCCGCUGCCUGUCAGCUGCCGGCUCUGGAGGGGCUGAUCCUGCACCACAACUGCCUGCGCAGCAUCCCCCCGACCAUAGCCAACCUGCAGGCCCUGACACACCUGGACAUCAGCCGCAACCAGCUGAGCUCCCUGCCCCCCUCCCUCUGCCUCCUGCCCCUGCACAGCCUCAAUGCCAGCACCAACCGCCUGACCCACCUGCCAGACACCAUCAGCUCUAUGGGGACCCUGCGGCAACUGGAUGUGAGCUGUAAUGUGCUGCGGGUGCUGCCAUCGGGGCUGGGGCAGCUGCGGGAGCUGAGGGACCUGAACCUGCGGAGGAACCAGCUCACGGAGCUGCCUAUGGAGCUGUCGCAGCUGCCCCUUGUCCUCCUGGACUUCUCAUGUAACCAGGUCAGUUCCAUCCCCUGCUGCUACCGACACCUGAGGCACCUGCAGAGCCUGAGGAGCCAACACAACCCCCUGCACAGCCCCCCCGCGCAGCUCUGCUUAAAGGGCAAAGUUCACAUCUUCAAGUACCUUGAGGCUGCUGCCACCCGGACCCCUCCCCCCACAGGCAGCCCCAUAGAGGACCUGACCCCCCCCCCCCCAUGGUUUGGGGUCCUCAUUGGUCCCUGCCCCAUAGCAGCCCCAUAG